UGAUCUGCGGAUGUCUCACCCUCACUGGUCUGAGUCAGUCAGGUUUAGAUGAUCUGCAGCUUCAUGAUCGUACCAUGGCACGUUUCGUCCUGUGGACGGUUUAUUGUUGUUUGUUGUUUGGAAACGUUACAGGUGAGCUAUUGUGCAAAAGAGAACUUUUAAAAAGCAGUAACGUUUCUGCUGAGCUCCAGUCUGAUGUCCUGCUGCCGUGUAACUUCGAUCCGGUUCUCCUCGGAUCAAAUAAUACUGCAGAUGUAGCAGUAGUGUGGAAACAGAUAAACACAAAAACACACGGUUUACUGGAGAUCAGUCAGCAUGGAGUAGAGAGGUUCUGGAAUAAUAGAAAUGGACGUGUUAUGCAUUUUCCUAAGCUCUCUGCGUCAGGAAACUUCUCCAUCCUUCUUAAGAAAGUGCAGUCGUAUGAUCUGGGUCUCUACAGCUGUGAGCUUCAUCAUGGGACCAACUGCAGUAUUGGGUAUCAGGAGAUACAACUGAGUCAAGUUUCCCUGCCUCCAACAUCCAUCGACAUAAUAGCAGGAGCAGGCGCAGCAGCAGCUCUUCUGUGUUUAUUCCUAAUAUGUUCAUGUGAAAUAAGCAAUAAAAGAAAGCAGCAGUCACAGCCGCAGCCUGAGGGCAGGUGUGAAAACUGUCUCACAGAAGUGUGGGAUGUACACUCUACAAACUACAGACCAGCCAUAGCCGGGAUGAUAAAUGUCCAAGUAUUUAAUUGCUUUAUUUCUGUGACGUACACAGUGUAGGAUCAGAGAUACAAAUACAAAUCUAAAUCAUGAGUUGGAUCUUUUGUGUAAUGCUUUCAGACUUAACUGCGUAUUACUGAUGUGACGUUUACUAAAACAUGCAAUAAACCGUAUUGGGAAAAGGAAUUCUGCUGAUUUAUUUCUGAUGUGUGAUUUAAAUCUGCAAUACAAGAGGCCUAAAAGAUAUGAAAGCACUCCUCGCACCUCACCUCACCUUACGUCACAUUACCUUACCUCACACUGCACCACAUUACCACUGUUUCUCCAGCACAGCUCAGCUGGUCCCAC